CUUGAAGUUGGACGCCACAACCACCUUACUCGGUACGGAGAAAGGAUUCCGGUUUGCAAACGAACCACGAACACCGAACGAGUUUCAUUCUCUUAUGGAUGGAUAAUUUUAAAUAAAUUUGCUAGUUGAUUCCUGAUCUCCUUGGGGGCUUAUAACAAUGGGGACAUCAUAUCCACCUCGCGAAUCUCAACCAGCUCCUCACUCGCAACCACCAAACUCCUACAAUGUCUCCUCCUAGCGCCAACCAUCUGGACUCUAGUACCAACCCUACCACUGUCAAAAAGCCAGUCUACGAUAACAAACCGCCGCUCCCUACCGAUGGAGAUGAUGAUAUUCACUCGACCCUUCGCAACCUCCGUUUAGGUGAAGUCGUUGGUCUUUCGCAGAGUGACAUUCACAAACGAACCGUUAAGUACAACGCCGCCGGAAAUUACCUCUUCCUUGUCUCCCUCGAAAUCACUCGUUACAUCCGCUACCUAUACCAAACAUGGACCUCCGUCUGUUAUUCCAUCCUCUUUGGUGGACUCAAUUUGUUGGAUGCGCUCUCGCUCUUAUUCUUUGCGGUUGGUGGAACGGUGCUCCUGCUGAUAGUUCUCAUCUGCUGUUUAGCUGCCCAUCUCCCUCCUGUUGUCCGACUCUACUACUUCUUGUCUACCAAAUUCGGCGGAGGACUGGGUCUCGUUAAUGUCCUCAAUCCUUCCUUAUUUUAUGCACUCACUCAAGAACAAGCGGCUGCUGCUAAGAAAGCGCUGAGUGUGGACAUUAAGGAACAGAAGGAUGAAACGAAAAAAAGGUUCUUUAAUUUAGAUAUCGCAAAGUUGACACUACAAAUAGCCUCCAUCGUUUACGAACACGAUAGCGACGCGAUUCGAGAUGCCGUCGCUCUGACCGCUUCGAACGAACCAAACCCAUAUAUCCCGACAAACUUGGACCCUUCUCCGGGAAGGCUUUUGGAGCAUUUGUUUGGGAAGCAGACAAGUGAUGAUGUAAGUCAGGCGUUGGAUAGUAAAGGGGAUAGGAAGAUUAGGGAGUUUUGUGCGAGGUUUGAGAUCGAUUUCGAACCUGUUUCGGAACUGAACAACACGUCCUCGGCCUUCGCUGGUCUAUUCUGGGAUCCCAACUCCAAUUGGAUCAUCCUUUCCUUCAAAGGCACAGGUCCCAUCGAAUUCGGAGAAUGGUUAUCGGAUCUCAACGCGUUCAUGGUUCCCGUGGGGAUGCAUGUGCAUCUGUUUAACAAAGUUCACAAGGGAUUCAAGGAGAGGGUGUUUCCUGAGGAUGUGAGCGAGUUGGGGAACUUUAGACCUUAUGAUACGAUAUUGGCGGGGACGAAGGCUUUGGCGAAGUGGCUGAGGAAGAGGAAUGGAUAUGGGGAUGAUGUCAAGAUUAACCUUUGGUUCACGGGACAUUCGUUGGGAUGUGCGACGGCCUCACUCGUGUAUACCCGUAUGCUUAUGAAUGACGACUUGCCGAAAGAAAUAGAACUUCGGAAUCCGUACUUGUUUGCGGCUCCUAUCCUUUGCGAUAGAUCUUCUGUUGGAGUGUUCAACGAGAAAAUGUUCAAUGAUUCGAAGGGGAUUAAGACUAUGUGGCGUAUUACAUCGAAUGGAGACGCUGUGGCCACUUGUUUGCCUGAAUUGGGAGAUUACGACGGGUUCCAAAUCUCCCCCAAUAAUGGCUUUGCAUUUGCCCACUUGGGGACGGAACUUAAGAUGCGUGAUAAACCUUACAACUCGAAUGUAACGGGUAAUCACAUCGCCUUCGGGACGAUCGUCCACCUCGACUCUGCUUUUACCAAGGGAGAGAUUGCUAAACAACGAGCUGAGCGUUUGGCCCAGUAUGGCGAAGUGGCGCGUGAACUGAAAGGAAAGAUAUUGCAAAAGAUUCCGAUAAUUGGACGGUUGAUCGCUCAUUGUACUGUUCACUAUUGGGAUCAGCUGGAUCGUGUGGCGGUUGGGAAGUGCGAUUGGGUCAUCAACUGAUUGUUGGUUUUCUUCGCCAGGCUCGUUCCCCCCUUCCCUCUCCUUUCCCUCAAACGCCUUCAGUACCGAACCCUUACCGGCACCCUAUCGAGCCAUUGCGUCGUGUUCUGCCUCUUAAAUUCUUCCGUACUAUGUUAUCACCGACUGUGUACUGACGAUAGUCCUAAUGCUCGAACGUGAACCUUCUCUGAUUUUCCCCAUGAUUCUACAGUACAAGCUCUUUGUUUGAAGCCGUGAUUUGGAUUUUACGUCCAUGUUGUGUUGAUGGACGUUUCCCGUCACUGCAGUGGUC